AGGGAAGAAAACAGGAGCGGGGAGAGGAGAGAGGCGAUGGGGAGAGAGAGAGAAGCCAGCGCAGAGCCAGGGAGGGAUGUCCUGAUGCAGGAGGAGGCUAGGAACCAGGGAAGGUGGAAAGAAAGAGGGAGAGAGAAAAAAAGGCAGGGCCAGAGAGACCUGGACUGCGAGGAAGGAACGGGAAGGUGCGGCUGGAGCGGGGGCAGCUAGAACCGGACAGUCCAGGAGGAGGGACUGGGCACGGGAGAGACCCCAGCUGGAGGGGCUCUGAGCGCAGGGGUGGGGAGGGUGGAUGCUGGGUCCACCGCCCACCUCUCGCAGGCCGACUUUGGGAGCCUCUUCCCCUCUCUGAGGCUCAGCCCCCUCACCUGCCAAAUGGGGAUGCUAAAGGCACCUGGCUGUCUGGACUGGGAGGUGUCAGAGGACUGGUGCUCUGGGCCUGGUAUGGGGUCAGCGCUGGGAGAUUGUGGCUGUCAUUAUAAAUGACCCAAAGAAGAGAGGAGAGAGGAAAGAAAGUACCCAGGGAGGCUUUGACGGUUGGCUAGCCCCUGGCGUCCUGGCCCUGGGCACGGAGUCUCUGCAGACUGACAGGAGGGUGGGUAGGAAGCAGGUGUGCCCAAAGGGCUAAAUUCCAAGACAGAUGAGGUUCUCUCCCAGCCGGCACCCAGGAAGCCAGGUUUUCUAUCAGGCCAUGCCUUCCCCAGGAGGCCUGCCUGGCCCAAGGGAGGAGAGACUGGGGGCGGGGACUCCUGGAUCUCUGGGGAGAAGGGGGCUUUGGAUCUGGACUCAUGAGUCUGAGGGAGGAAGGGGCUGAGUACUUGGAUUCCAGAAACAUUUGGGGAGAAAAGGGCCAGGGGCCUGGAUUCCUGGAUCUCUGGUGAGGACUCUGAUGAGGACUCUGGUCUCUGACUAUGAUGAGAGAAGCCACCUGCAUGACGCCUUCACCCAGAUGACCCAUGCCCUGCAGGAGCUGGCUGCUGCCCAGGGAUCCUUUGAGGUUGCCUUCCCUGAUGCUGCAGAGAAAAUGAAGAAGGUCAUUACACAGCUUAAAGAAGCCCAGGCCUGCUUCCCUCCCUGCGGUCUCCAGGAGUUCGCCCGGCGUUUCCUCUGCAGCGGGUGCUACUCCAGGGUCUGCGACCUCCCGCUGGACUGCCCAGUUCAGGAUGUGACAGUGAUUCGGGGCGACCAAGCUAUGUUUUCUUGCAUCGUGAACUUCCCGCUGCCAAAGGAGGAGAUCACCUAUUCCUGGAAGUUCGCAGGAGGAGGUCUCCGGACUCAGGACUUGUCCUAUUUCCGAGAUAUGCCGCGGGCCGAAGGAUACCUGGCGCGGAUCCGUCCGGCACAGCUUACGCACCGCGGCACGUUCUCCUGCGUGAUCAAGCAAGACCAGCGCCCCCUGGCCCGGCUCUACUUCUUUCUUAACGUGACGGGCCCGCCCCCGCGGGCGGAGACAGAGUUGCAGGCCUCGUUCCGGGAAGUGCUGCGCUGGGCGCCGCGGGACGCCGAGCUGAUCAAGCCCUGGAGGCCCAGCCUGGGCGAGCUGCUGGUCAGGCCCGAGGCUCUGACGCCCAGCAACCUGUUCCUGCUUGCAGCCCUCGGGGCCCUCGCAUCAGCGAGUGCGACCGUGUUGGCGUGGUGUGUCCUCGGUACCCCGGCGCCCCAGCAUCUAGCUCCCCGCUCUCUCAGAUCCCACCGAGAAAUCUGGGUUCCCACCAACCUCCAACCCAGGAGGUCGGGCUCUCAGUCCCUUCCCUCUCAGACCCACGAGUCCAGGUCCCAGCCCCUCCUUACUCAGCCCAGGAAUCUCAAGUCCCCAGCUCGCACCUCCCUUAGAUCUAAGAAUCCAGGUCCCCAGCCCUUCCUCCCUCGGACCCAGGAGUCCAGGCCUCCACACCUCUCCUCACUCAGACCCAGGAGUCCAGGGCCUUAGCCCCUACUCCCUCAGAUCCAAGAGUCCAGGCACCCAGGUUCCUCCUCCCUGAGACCCAGAAGCCCAGGCCCCAGCCCCUCCUCCCUCAGACCCAGGAGUCCAGGCCCUUGUCCACCUUUUCGACCCUGGUGUCCAGGCCUCCAGGACUUAAGUUUCUAGUCCCCAACCCCUCCUGUAACACACAUACCUCUUUGUUUCCCCAGGAUAUUCUUUCGAUGGUACUGCAGUGGCGACUAACAAAGGGAUCUCUUUCCUCCUUCCCUAUCCUAUUUCCAUUGUGAAAAUAAAGAAUAUAUUUCAACUCUG